AGUUGGUGCUUCCUUUACAGAAGUAUCGGUGCGGCAACGGCAUUCUAUGCGUAUACCGCACUACCGUACUGCCAGAGAGCUGUUGAGCUCGCACUUCGACGUCAAGUAACGCAGAGCGAAUCGCGUGAUUGUGUGUGUGUGUGUGUGUGGAACUUUUAAUUCUGCGCUCGCUAUAAGAUCGGGAGGACUACGAGUGCUGCUUGAGGUUGUCGAGGGUUGUGGUUCGACUCGUUUUCUGUAGAUUAGUAUCCUUCUAUUGCAUGCAAUCCCUUAGUGAGUUUGAGGCUAUGGUUCAUGUCCGCUUAGAUUUGGACGCUGUGGUCCUGUGAACCGGUGGUAGACCGUACGUUUGUUCGAUCGGCUCAAGUUGGAGUUUGUCUAUUACGAUUACUCUCAAGUUUUGUGCGUUUUCGUGCUUUGAAGCUGGUCAAGAUGAAGGUCCCGUUCUUCUCGAAAAGUAAGAAGAGUCAGUCCGACGUGCACUUGGCCAUUUCGUCAUGUUCGCGAGGCUCGGGCAAUGUGGAGACGUUGUGCUCAGGUUCUUCUUCUUUUGCCUCAUCUUCCCAGGUUUCGUCUACGGAAAAGAAGCUCAAGAAGAUGUCUUCGUUCUCAGGGCCGCUUGAUAAGCUGCGGAAGUCUUCCUCAUUCUCCAGUCUGACGAUGCCUGUGAGGCAGAGUUCUGGGAAAUUGUUCAGUUUCAAUUUAAUGCGUCAAAAGAGCGGUACACAGACUCCUACAGGGUACUGUAAAGAGCUCACAGGAAUUUUCAAAUACUUCGAUAAGAAUGGCGACGGCAGGAUAUCUGCGGCCGAGCUUGGUCACGUAUUGAGGGCACUCGGAAUCCGAUCCUCUGACGAAGAGCUCGAGGCGAUGGUGCGCGAAGUGGACUGCGACAACGACGGCUUCAUCGACUUAGACGAGUUUGCUAGGCUUUAUAAGCUGACUCAGGAGGCGACAAGUGACGAAGAGAGCGAGCAUAAAACAUUGGAAGCUGCCUUCGACGUCUUUGAUUUAAACAAGGAUGGCUUCAUUUCUGCCACAGAACUGCAUAGAGUUCUCUCCGACCUAGGAGAGGUGCUUACGGAGGAUGACUGCCGUACCAUGAUAAGCAGCGUGGACAGGAAUGGUGACCAACUCGUUGAUUUCUCCGAGUUUAAGUAUCUUAUGCAGGACGCCCGUGUUUACUGAGAUGGGAACUCAUCUUGGCGGCUGUAUACAUUUGAUUGGCAUUGAGUUGCAUUUGAGAUGUUCUUAUAGGAGGUUAAUCCCCUAUUGGAGAUGUGAGCGUUUAGUUUUUCAGACCCUUUCACAGCCUUAGAGGUGGCAUAUAUGACAUGGUGUUGACCUUCUGGACAUGGACCGAUCUUGUACUGAUCGGAACGAGGCGUUUGUAACAUAAGAUUUUCCUGCUUCCAGUUAUUCUGCUGUAUUACAGGAAUCUACAUGAACUUGAUCAUACCUGAUUGAAGUUUAAGAUUAGAGUAGUAUGUGGCGCAGAAGGCACUUAGAACAUCUCAACGAUGCCUGUCGCGUGCAAAUUAGUUGGCCAUAAGCUGGAAUACAGUGUGCCCUCAACAUGACUCACUUGAAUUUUUUAAUAUUUGCCCUGGCCAACUAGAGUCAAUAAGAACAACCCUUAGUGGAACGCUUCCUGCCUC